UAAUGGGAGCUAUGCACAUCGAAAAGGUAGACUUAUCAAAUUUGUUCAAACUUCUUAUGCAUACGUGUAUACUGAAUAAUUUAUAAUGUAUAUUACAUAUAAUGUGCAUAUUAUAUUAAAAUGUAUGCUGAUGUAUUAUAGCAUUAUUACCUGAUGAGAAUUGUUAAAUAGAUCAUAGUUGUUCGGCAGCUUCUGAUAAGUUUCUGUUCGAUUCAGGUGCUGGAACAGAUUUUCGCCCAGCUUGUUGCUGGAACUGGGCUAAAAGAAGUGAUGGACCUCACAAAAGACUUAUCAGUCGAGUCUGCGGGAAAUGCUCUCCUGAGUUCGAAUAAUAUCGCACGGUCGGCUUUGUUGAUUCAGGUAAAAAGGGCUCUUUGCGAAUCCCCGGGUUUAAGGUUUACUCCAACGAUUACUCAGUUUCCAUAUCAUUCCUAUUUGAACAAGAAAGAUAGCUUUCUUCUUGUCGCAGAAUAGAUUUGUCGAUGUAGUUCUAGCUAUAAUUAUUCAUUGUUGAAUGGUAAGAUAACCAACCUCUGUUUUCAGUUGGUCACCUCAGUCCUUUAUGACAUGAAGGAGAAAUCAAGCCUGACAGAGGACCAGCAGUUAGAUUCUGAAAUGUUUGUAUACUGGGACUGUGUGCUGAAAUUCGGUGUGCUAUUUUUGACUUUCAAAUACUCAAUAAGAUCCAGAAAUUUUAAGCUGUACAUCGCUUGCCUUGAGAAGAUUAUGCCGUAUAUGUUCCAAUUGAACCAUACGCAUUAUAGCAGAUGGCUUUCUGUUCAUUUAGAGGAUCUGAAAAAAAUUCAAAUUUCUCACCCUGACAUCUACGUAGAAUUUUCUGAGCACGGCAAUUUUACUGUAUCGAGGACCGGUCGGCCCUUUUCCUCUAUGGCUCUUGACCAGGCUUAUGAACAACUGAACAAAGACAUAAAAAGCCUGCACGGAGCUUUGGGUACAGAUAUUGGAGACCGGUGGAACAUGGCCUGCCCUGAGGUGCUCCGUCUUCUAUCGGAGUAUGAAGAUUGUUAUCCGGAAAUUUUUGGAGAGAAGAUCGAGAGCGAUCCUACGAAGUUGAAGCACCACAGUGAUCGCGUAGGUUAUCAAAAAACGUUUCUCUCUGACUUCCGUCUGCUAAAGAGUGCCAUUCAGGAGAGAUUCGAUCCAUUUUCUUCUCAUUCCUCUCUGGUCUGCCUGAAUAAUCGGCAACAGGUGCCGUCGAGCAAAAUGGUCUCUCUUUUUAUGAAGAACCUUGUUGCGGACGGUACGAAGAGGUACGAGGAGUAUGUUAUGGAUAGGUUAGUAACGUGCAGAGUACCACUCACGGACGCUCUGACAACAACCAACAUACUCCUCCCAGGGCAUCCAGAGAAGCUUAAGAUAACACCCGAACAUCUCAGUGUUGUCCAGGAAGUAAAGCUUCUCUCAAAGCUGAAAGAUGUUUCUCAAAAACGACCUACAGAGACAUUGGAAGCCCUCCAUUACGAGUACCUCAACAUACCAGCAUGCCUGACAAGGGGUGGUGAAGCUUAUCGGUCAUCAAAGAGUAAGCUUCUCGACUGUCUCAAGAAGGUAUCUACUGUCGACCUCACUAAUGGACAUCACAGUGAGGCGGUAGUUAUCGACUUGAGCUGCAUCGUUACUGCCCUUUGUCACGGUAAAUAUUUCAAGAUGGCCCAGUUUUAUAAAGCUGUCUGGGAUAGAACUUCUCUGCUGGGAGCAGCUCAUUCGAGGGUUGAUAUUGUCACGGACAACUACAAAGAGGACAAUAUCCUCAAAGAGUUCACUCGCCAGGGUCGAGGGAGUGGGAGUAUGGUAAACUUCACGCCAGAAGACAAAUUUCCCGGUAAGUUCGCGGAAAAUCUGAUGAAAGUUAAUGAAAACAAGUGCGAACUGUACGAACAGCUCAUAUCUUUUAUGUUCGAUCAGUCUAGCACUUGCUCCAAACAGUUCGUAUUAACGAAGCAUGAUGAAGUCCUUCAGAACCGACAGGGAAUAACUGACAUCGUCGGGAGUUCACAACUGGAAGCUGAUUACCGCAUUGUCCUCCACAUCUUGGACGCGUUAAAGAAGUUCGAAAAGAUCACUGUCAUCAGUAACGACACUGACGUUGUCGUUAUUGUUACCGCCUUCCUAGGAAAGUUUCGAGAGGCUAGGCCUAGUUGUAAGAUAUAUGUCAUUACAGGAGUAAAUCAGUCCAACUGUAUUGACAUAGAUCUUAUUGCGGGUUAUGUUGGCAUGGACCGAACUCUAGGUCUAGUCCUCUUACAUUCCUUGUCCGGCUGCGACUUUACUGAAAGCUUCUACGGUAGAGGAAAGUCAGCGUGGUUGAAAGAGUACGUAAGUAAUAAUGAGGCGGGGACUUUGUUUUCAUCUCUCGUUAAAAGACCUUCCCUACUCAUGAGCGAGUUCUCCAAAUUAGAAAACUUUGUGCUGAGAGUCUACAGGGUUGCUUAUCCGGAGAAAGGAAGUGCUGUGGCCCGUCUAGAACUUUUGUCGUCGAACAUCACUACUUUACGGUCAUUACCACCAUCUAAGCCAGCGCUGUUUCAACAUGCCAAAAGAAGUUUAUACGUGGCAUCGUUCCUUUGGAUGAGUGCAGCUGAACCGUAUCCAGUCUUACCAGAUCCCGUCGACUGGGGUUGGAAACAAAAAGAAGGUAAGUUGCUCAGCGUAUGGACAAAUAGGAUCUACACUAAAGAAAAUGACGAGUUUAAGAAAUUGAUGCGUUCUUGCUCUUGUAGGGUCGGCAGUUCUUGUACCAGAUGUAAAUGUACGGUUUGCUGGUCCCAAUGCGGCUGUAAAGGCGACUGUAGUGUGUAA